AUGGAACCCUCUAGUGAUGCCCCCCCUUCCCAAACAACACCCGCUGCCCAAGCUGAACCUGCUGUCCAAGCUGAACCUGUUGCCACUCCAACUAAUGCUGAGGCACUUCCACCUAAACCUAAUGAUAAAACCAAGGUGAGUGAGAUAGCUGCUGAUUGUGGUAAUAAUAGGAAAAAGUCUACUGCUUGGGAUCAUUUCGAAAAAAUAAAAAUUAGUGAGGGUCAAUUUAAGGUUGUUUGCCAUUAUAGCCAAAAAACUUACCGUGCUAAUAGUAAAGGUCAUGGUACUACUAAUUUAUUGAAUCAUACACCAAACUGUGUUAAGAACCCUGAUAGAGCUUCACUUAAAGGGAAACAAACCUUAGCAUUUGAACCCAAAAUGAAUGGGAAGGAAGGGUUUAAGCUUGUACCAACAGCCUUUACUGUUGAGGCUUCUAGGAAGGCACUCGCUAAAAUGAUUAUAAUAGACGAGUUGCCUUUUAGGUUUGUUGAAGGGUAUGGGUUUCAAAGAUAUUCAACAACCUUACAACCUAAGUUGCAAAUUAGGGAUAUCCCAUCUCAUCAAACUAUGGCUAGGGAUGUGAUUAGCAUUUAUGGUGUUGAGAGAGAGAAACUAAGGGAAGUCUUGAAAGGUUGUAGGGUGUGCCUUACUACGGACACAUGGACUAGUAUUCAAAAUCUGAAUUAUAUGUCCCUUACAAGUCAUUUUAUUGAUGAUGAUUGGAACUUGCAUAAGAGAAUUUUGAAUUUUUGUCAAGUGGAAGACCAUAGGGGGGAGACUAUAGGUAGGAAGAUUGAGAUGUGUUUGCGUGAGUGGGGUGUUGAUGGCAUAUUCACCUUGACAGUGGAUAAUGCUUCCUCUAAUGAUGAUUUGAAAGAAAUUGAUGUGUCCAUUGCUAGGGUGCGUGAAGCGGUGAGGUGGAACUCUGCCUAUCUCAUGUUAGAUACUGCUGAAAAAUUUGAGAAAGUGUUCCUAAGAAUGGACUUUGAGGAUGAUGGCUAUUCUUCAUACUUUUUGAACAAGGAAAAUAGUGGUGGUUUGGGAUCUCCUUGUGGGGUAGAUUUUCAAAAUUGUAGGAUAUUUGUGAGUUUCUUGAAACUUUUUUACAAUGCAACAAAAAAGUUCUCCGGUUCUUUGUAUGUGACUUCAAAUACCUUCUUUGAUGAGAUGUUUGUGAUUCAAGAGAAUAUUGCUCAUUUAAUUAAAUCUCAAAAUCAUCUCUUGAAAAACAUGGCAACUAAAAUGGAAGCUAAAUUUGAAAAGUACUGGGGGAAAGGGGAUAAAAUUAAUAAGCUUUUGUGUGUGGCUAUGGUUCUUGAUCCAAGGAAGAAAAUGAGGUUUUUGAAGUUUUCUUUUUCUGAAAUUUAUAGGAAUGAAGUGGCUGAUGAGAUGGUUGAUUUGGUGAGGAAUUUCAUGGAUAGGUUGUAUGAUGAUUAA